AUGGUUACUACCAUUACACCGCAGCGUGGAAGUUAUACUGAGCUCAGCAAUCCAUCUUUGCAACGUCCUCCUCGUCUGCUGCGGGACCGACACGACACGGACGAUGAACCUCUUACUGCCGCUACGAUGGACACGAGACACGGCUUUACGGAGGUAGAAACGGAGCUCCAUAGCCAGCGUGGCAGAAAAGCCCCCUCUCAUCUCCAUUAG